AGUAGCAAUCCGCCAUAUAUCCGCACGAUAUCGGUCAACAUGUUGCAGCAUUGGAGAGACGACGAGACUCGCCAGCUUCUUUUCAUCCGUGGGGAAGAGGAGCUUCAGCGCCAAGUAUCUGGGACCGCGCGAGACACAGCAAUUUAUAAAGAUAUUGCUGCAAAAUUGAACGAGCGAGGCUUUGAACGAACGCCAAGGCAGGUUAUAAACAAACUGAAAGCCUUGAAAAGAAUGUACUUCUCCAUAAAGGACAAUAAUAACCGGAGUGGAAUGGGUCGUCGGAACUGGCCAUUUUACGGCCAGUGCAAUGAUAUUUUUGGAACCCCGGCUUUGGCAAACCCGGUAAAGAUAUCCAGCUCCAUGGCCAGGUCCGCCGCCCCACCGUCUCCCACUUUGUCCAGCAAGUCCAGCACUUUAGAAGACGAGGUCUGGGAUCUGGCGAGUGAAAACGAGAACACUAGGCCGCGUUCAGAGGAGUUGGACGGAGAGGACAGCCAAGCUAGGACAGAAGAUGAAAGGCCCGAGACCUGCAGGCAGCUACAAUGGGAAGUCAGUGAAAAUAUUGGUCCUGGGCAGCAGGAGUCUGAGUCCCUCUGCAUUAAGGAGGAAGUGGAGGAUGAAGAGCUCCCCUGCAUUCAAGAAAAGGAGGAGCCAGACCCUCUUCUCAUUAAAAAGGAGGAGGAAGAGCACACUCACAUCAAACAGGAGCAGGAAGAGCAUCUCCUCACCAAGGAUGGAGAAGAAGAGCCUCACUACAUCAAAGAGGAGGAGAAGGAGUCUAUUUUCAAGUCUCCAUUGACUGGUGGCCCUUUGAAGAGUGAAGGCACCAAACGUCCGGCGAGAAAGAAAAGGACAAGACUGGACCAGACAUCGUUCAUUUGGGCAACAGCAAUGGAAGGACUGGAAGAGAUGGACAAAGAUGCUGCUGAACGGGAGGAUGCAAGAUUUCGUUUGUUUCUGGAACAGGACAAAAAGUUGUUUGAGAGCCUGGAAAGACAACACAGGGAGGCCAGGGAAGAUCAGAAGAUGCUUUUCAAAAUGUUGCUCUCCAGACCUGCACAAGACUCAACCACGGCAGGCCAUGUACGAUGCACAUGCCAGUUAUGAGUCAUUUUACCACACUGGGCCUUCCUACUCCAGCACCCCAGCAAAGCAUGGAUCGACCUACAGAGACCUUGAACUUUUCUAUGGGACAACAAAGUAUAUUUUUUAUCGUUUUUUUCUAUA